AUGGCGUCUCCGGCCACAGCCUCUCCCGUUUCUGUCAACGGCAGUGCUCCUAAUGGUGCUUCGUCCAAUACAUCUGCAGACUCUUCUACGAACACGGGCGGUAGACCGCAAUUAAAGUCAACCUCGAGCGGCCGAUCUCUCGAUGCCAAUCGACGACAGGCACCCAGCCCAAUGGAAGCUACGCAGCGAAAAUCGCCCGCUCCAAAGGCCUGGGCACAGGGCACGACGAACCCCAUUACACAGCGUCCCUCGAACUUCAAUACUUCGAAUGGCAACGCAGCCCAAAAUAAGCCUGCUAACCCACCUAAGACUUCAAACGCCGUUUCAAAGGAAACGAACACACCAGAGAAACAUGCCAAUGAUAGACUAGUCUAUCUGCUGGCCAACUUUAUGGGUCUGCAAUCGGUCAUCACCGUCAAAAGCGGCGAUAAAUUUUCCGGCAUAUUUUCGGGCGCUUCCCUUGAUACGAACGAAUCCGCUUACGUCUUGAAGAUGGUCAAGCAAAUUGGUUUCGCUAAUAACGAUCGUGUAAAUGGCGCCACCGAGCAUGACACUUACAUUGGCUCUGGCGCAGAUUUCUCAAUGACGUUUGAAAUCAAGGAUGUCAUUGAUCUUGCUGUCGAGGAGGUCAACUUCCAUGAAUCUCGUCCUAAACCCUCCAGCCGCGCUGGCUUUAGAACAGAUACAGAUAUCUCUAGCGGCUUCGCUGCUCGCGAAAGGACUCUUCAACGCUGGGAGCCUUCUGCCGAUAGCGAAGUGGAUAUGUCCCUCGAGUCCACUACUGGUGCUGCAGGCUGGGAUCAGUUUGAGGCCAACAAGCGCCUCUACGGUCUCGAAAGUGAUUACGAUGAAACCAUGUACACCACAAGCAUUAAUCGAAACAGCCCAUUAUAUCACCAGCGAGCCGCCCACGCAGAGAGAAUCGCUCAAGAAAUUGAAUCUGGAAAUACCACCAAUGCGCACGUCGCUGAAGAGCGGGGCAUUAAAUUGCCCGACAGCGGUCUCUCUGAGGAAGACAAAUAUAGUGGUGUUCAACGAGGCGCGGCCGAGUUUCCUCCGCUCACUUCUGGUAGACCAAACAAAUAUACUCCUCCUGCAAAGCGGCCCCCUACAGGUCAACCCACUGUUCCCGGCGCUCCAGUGGACCCUGCCAUUAUUUCGUCCCAGAUAUCUCGUGCUAGUUCUGCCGCUGCAGCAAAGAAGCCCGCAGAAUUCAAGGCGACAGAGAACAAACCAGCUUCCCCGGCGACGAUUCCAGGGGCUACUCAGCAAACUGUUGUUGCUCCUGCUGAUACUGACAAGCUUGGUGAAAAGCCUGCCGAGAAAGCAGCGGAAAAGCAGGCCGACAAACCAACGGAAGAUACGACUGAAGCUGCAGCCACGGCAUCUGUUCCAACAAAGGAGGCUGAUUCCACAGCGGCAUUGCCGUCAAAGCCAGUUCAAUCCAUCAAGACGCCAGAACUGGUUGCUCCCACAAGCGGCAAGCCGGGUGCACCCUCCGUCCCAGCAGUAGCGAACCGAACAGGCCCGGAAAAUGCAACUGCAAAUGUGGAGACUGAAUUGUUGGAUUCCUUCAAGCAGUUUGCCAACUCUGAAAAGAUGCGCGUGCAGGAGCGCAAACGCAACCAGGCGUCGCAUGACAAGGCCAUCAAAAUUAACGACCUCAUGAAAUUCUCAAAGAACUUCAAACUUAUGACCCCUGUCCCCAAGGAUCUGGUCCCAAUCCUCGCAAAAGAUAAGAUGAAGCAAGAGGAGAUCAUGCUCAAGGCACAAAAGGCCGCGGAAGAAGCCAAAGCUGCUGCGCCAAAGUCCCCGGCCAAGGCUAUGCUUGUUGGCGGCGCUGAAUCAAAGCCGACGCAACAGCGACCAGUUUCUACCGCCAGAUACGACCCCGGAACCAGCGCACCAAUGUCGCCCGCCGAUCGUCAAGCUCAACUGCGAGGACGAUCAGCCUUCUCACAGGCGUCAUUUAACAACCAUCAUGGGCCCAGAAAUGAUCGAGCUUUGCCUGCACAGAAUAUCCCUAGCCUGUCUCCCCGUGGACCUGCCUUGAGCCAGCGUCUUGCAAACAUUCAACAGCAGAAUCGCGCAGGAGCCCCGCAUUCAAACGUUCCAUCGCCUAUGCCGAUUCAAGAAGGCCGACUGCCACCUACUGGACCGGCAAUGGCCUCUACACCCGGUCUUCCCCACCCGCUCAAGAACGCAUCUAUGGCGCCUCCGGGUGGUGCUGCCAGCACCAAGUUCAAUGUGAAAGCGCUUGAGUUCAAACCGAAUCCCGCCGCUACUUCCUUUACUCCUGGCCGACACUCGAGUAUUUCCUCUAGCCCUAAAGCCGCACCUAGCGCAGCUCGACCUACCCCACGCGUUUCUUCCCCUGCCACCUUUUUUGGAAACAAGAAGCCGCUUCCAUCAUCCGAGCGCCCUUCGAUCAGCAAUGCGUUUAAUCCAAUCAAGCGCAUGAAGACGGAGGCCGAGGCUGAGAAGAAGGAUUUCUCGUCCAACGGAGGCAUCAAACACGCUUACGCCACUCCUCCAACCUGGACUGUGACCAAGGAAAAUGAAAACAAGACGUACCUCGACAUGUUUGAAAAGGUCACUUUUGUUCCUCACACCACGUCCCCCGCACACGUGCCUCCCAUGAACGCGCAGUUGCCUCACCAGCAUCAAUUGCCGUUCCACCUACAACAGGGUGCCCCGGGCCUCCCGCCAACGCAACUUCCUCUCCAAGGGCCGGUGCAUCCGCCUCAUUUCCCGGCUGCCGGCCCUCACCACUUUGACGAUCAUCGUAUGCAUCCGUCGAGUUCUGCUUCUUCGGUCUUUCCUUCUCCUCGCCUUCAGCAGAUAAAUAUGGCAUAUCCUUCGCCCAUGCCCCAGCCCGCCCAACUUGCCGCCUACGGGCAGCCAAUGCCACAGUAUGCUAUGGCUCCUGCGGGCCCUCAGUUGGCGCACCUUAGACAGUACCCAGGAGCCCCACAGUUUGUUAACGCCCCUGGUGCGCACCUUGGGGCUCCGAUGAUGGUUCAUCAGCCAACGGCUCCGUUCAUGGGCAUGCCCCAGGGAAUGGGAGUGCCCAUCGCGCCACAAAUGGCCAUGUAUUCACCCAGUCAAGGUCACGCUUACGCUCAGCAUGCUGGGCCCCCGCCACCGCCCCCUGGAUCAAACGGUUACCCAAGUCCGGGACGGGGCGCUCCCAUGAUGAUACACCAAGGAUCUCAACCCGGACAAGCACCUCAGCAGAUGAUGUGGAUGAGCCCCGGCCACCAGGCGCAACCAGUGUUUGCGCCGCAACAACCCGGUCAGAUGGCGCCGAUGAGGGCAGCAUAUCCACCGCCUCAACAACCGCCAUUUGGAACCAACCCGCACCAACCGCAACAACUACCACCGCAGCCCCAUAGGGCUGGACCCAACGGAACAUACGCUCAGCCCAUGCCUCCUCACCAAGUCGCACAACCGCCUCCAUCUGUUGCAGCCGCUUCUCACGCACCAGAAACAACGGGAGAGGAAAGCAAAUGA